UGGGCCCAUUUAACCAAAUUUGUACCCACCAACUCUCUCCCCAAAGUACAUAUCAGGACAGUCUCCCUAGAUUCAUUCAGUCAUCAUUCACCUCUGGAAAAAAAAAUAAAUUCCCCAUCAAAAUUAUAUUCACCAAUCACCAAUGUACAUAAAUCUCUCAUCUAUACACUUACGCUCCAUCACCACCGUCCAAUCAUCAACAAAUCUAACCAAUCACCACCGUCCGAUGGCGGCGCGACGGGGUCGCCGAACAGAUCUUACGUGUCCUUUUGCGACGGGCUCCUCCAGAAACCCGUCCCGUGGAAACGGCUCCACAUCUCCUUCUCCAAAUCCUCCGUCUUCUUCGCGCCGUCGUCGUCGGCGGCGGCGCCUCCUUCUCGCCCUCGCUCCACCACCUCCCUGACCUCCCUCUCCAACUCCUCCCUCGACCCGCCGCCGCUGCUGCUCGUCGUCGUCGCCGGCGGCGCCAGCAGCCCGCCGUGCUGGUUCUGCUGCUGCUUCUUCCGCCGCCGCCGCUUCUUCGCCUUCCGGCACAGCCCCGCGGGGACCUUGUACACCGCCAUCACCACGAUGUUCAUCAGCGUGCACGGGCAGCAGCAGCAGACCGCCGCGCACUCCGCCGCCGCGCCUCCCGCCACCUCCCCCGCCCUCUUCGUCUGGAUCGCGUUCUUCCUCUCCAGCCUCCUACCCCUAACCCCUCCGCCUCCGCCUCCGCCUCCAUUCUUCUCCGCCGCUGCCCCCUCCGUCGGUUUCGGGUGCGGCUUGUCGGCGAGUAACGGCUGCUUGUUCCGGCUGCCUAGCGACGGAGGGAAAAGGUCCUUCCGCCCCAUUCGAUGGAAAAAGGAAAAAGGGGGAGAAAAUCGAAAAGAAUCGGAAUCGAAUUAAAGAAGAAGAAGGGCGAAAUCGAAUUUCUCUCCUUCCUCUGAAUUUUUUUCUAUUUUGCCCCUCGGGCGGCGGUUUUGGUGUUUUUCCCCCGCGACAAUCAGAGAAAGUGGUGUAUCGGUAAAAUCAAAGGAUCGUCCAUGGCGGACGUCGACGUUGUCGUCAUCGCCGGAGGGAAUCCAGAGGUUUGCGGGAGCGGGGGGAAAUUGGGAAAUCGGAGGGAGGGUAGGAAGAAAGUAAAAAAAAAUAAGAGGGGGAAAAUGGAGAUAAUGAUGAUAAUGAAUUAAUGAUAAUGAUGGGAUUAGAUCGAAGAAGACGGGUUUCUUGAUUGGGAUUUACACUAAUAACAGAAGGGGGAAAAACUGAAUCCGCGAAAUAGGCGGGCGGGGGACUGAAAUUCUUCGUUCUUGUUCAUCGGCUCGUUAUUUAUUUUUAAAAUUAUAUAUAUUUUGGGAGGUUAAUCGUUUUUUGUUUUGGACUGUUUUUAACUUUGUUUUCUCGAUUUAUUUAUUAAGCUGAAUUUUUUUCUUUCUGUUUUUGUAUGGAAUAUUACGCGGAAU